CAAAUAUUUUGGUCUUUUUAAUACAAGCGGGUGGGAACACAGGCAAUUUAAAGUUUAUUGAAAAAAAUCGCAAUUGUCAUAAUUUGAAAACCGUUGAAAACCAAUGAUCCCUCUUUAAUUUCAGUGUUACAUCCCGAGCAGAAGGCAAUUUUAUAGGUUAGGUUAUAGAAUUUUGGAGGAAUGGUAGGCUGAUUAUGGUCAAGUUGGUAAAGCUUGACCUUUAUUUUUAAGUAGGAUCGUUUGUACUUGUCAAAACUACGGGUUUUGCGUUAACAACAAAUAAUAAUAUUCCCUUUUAACAAUGUUUAUUAAAUAUUCAAAUAAUGUUUACAAAUAGUUACAUAAAUGUUACUUACUUUUAUUACAGAUUAGUCGUAGGAUACAGGUUAUAGCGCUGGUCGGUAUAAGUUUGGUUUCAAGAUGUUAUUUCAAUUGAAUGAAACUAAGAAAGUUUGUUAUGUUACACUUAUGUAACUUUCACAACUUUAGGGUUUUUGCGUUUGUUUCAAGAGCUAGUACUGCUUCUAAGUGUUACUUAUCGUCACUUGCACCUAUUACGGAAAGAAACUUGUUUCUAAGUGUGAGAAAAGCAACUUGCACAAUAAUCGAGUACAACGCGGACUGAAUUGCCGAUUAAAGAAAGAAUUAGUGAAAAGCUACAAUUAAUGAAACUUGACACGCAAAAUACGACAGUUAAUACAUUUAAAAUUAUUGAUUCUAAGUGUCAAUUUGCUCUUCUUGCACCUUUUACGGAAAGAAACUUGUUUCUAAGUGAAUAACAAAAUAGACUUGCACGAUAAUCGAGUACAACGCGGAUUGAAUUGCCGAUUAAAGAAAGAAUACAAUAAAUUUUAUUUAACUGAAGGGUCGCUCUACAAUGACUAUUGGUCUAUAAAACCGCACCGGAACAUUUGACAAGCUUAGUGGAGAAAGCUUUGGCUUAUAUACUCUAAAAAUGACAAAAAGUGGGAAAAUUCGUAGUUAGUUAUGGGGGUAAAGUAUGUUAUCUACUAGGAAUUUAGGACUGUUCGUCUUAAUUCUAUUUAUAAGUUGUUUUGAAGAAGGAGCGCACAUUCCUUCAUAAGUGACCUAAUAAUUAUGCCAUAUAUGGAAAGUGAAGAUCAAAUUACAUGCUGUUGUCUAGGAGUAACAUCUCGCGAUAACGAUACUACAAGCCCGAGCUUGCGUCGCUCGUCCUUGGCAUGGCGCAUCGCUUUUCACCUACUUUCAUCUAUAACAUUCCUACGUUGCUUGCUUAUCGCGCUUCUUGAGGCUUGCAAAAUUUCAUGUUUUAACAGCAACAAGAAUUGUUCAGAUUUCUCUUAAGUUACUGAUAUUGUUGUUAUUACAUCUAUAGAUUAUUAUAUAUUUAGUCUUGAAUUAAAAUACACAAUAUUUGUGUUUUAUGUCUUAAUUAAUUUUUACUUAAUUUGGAAAAAUUAAAAUUAUGCAGAAAUAAGGAUGUUACUGGGAUGUAACAGUCCUCCCUCCUUAAAUCUUUCAUCGUCCCGAUGAAAUAACAAUUUUAAUUGUCUGUAACUUUAUAGGAGUUAUGAAAUAUGAAAUUGAGACUAUCAUACAAUGCCCUAGUUCUUCUUGAUGAAAUUACGUUGCUCAUUAGCAAUGCGGACAUCUCUUUCUUAUCGAUGAUACGAAGACAACAAGUUUGGUGAAUCGUUAUCAACAAUACGCUAUAAUGUGUGAUGGGUGUUAUGUUGUGAAAAGUGUCAUGAUUAUCUUCUUGAGGUAGGUAUGAUUUUCAUCUUCUUAGAAUAGUCAAUGACCGCUUUUGGAAUGCUCAAGUGGAGAUGGAUUGUUGACAACAUCCUCUUCAUCCCCAUGUGAUGUGGUAAGUAUCGGGCGUCUUCAGUAUUUGAUUUGUUGCGAAGGAGAGUUCAUUGUUACAAAAGUGAGUGCAGUAAAUUUAUUUAACGUUCAUGUUUUUAUUUAGUUUGAAGUUAAUUCAAAAAUCGUUGUUGUUGUUUUUUUUUUACAGUGCCUUAUGGAAAAAUGUGUGCGACAAAUUUAGUUUCCUUUUUCUUGACCUUGCAAAGAUUAGCAGCGUCAAUUUUUUAUUCUUUGGAUGAAAUUGACGUUCUAGAGGAAAUGAGCAAGCCUGGUCGACGUAAGAAGGAUGCUACUUCAAAUUUUAUGAUUGACCCAAAAACAAGGAAGGCUUCUCUAGUCCGAUUAAAAAAGGAAGCUAAAGAUGAGUCUCGAACGAUGACAAGAAUGUUCAAUUCCUUAUUUCGUGCUGGUCGUCCGGAAGGAUGUUUUUGUGGUGAAUGUCAACUUCCUAUGGUCGAAAUUCCUCGAUCGGAGUUUCAUUCUUUUGAUCAUUCAUCGGGGGAAAGUGAAAGCAUGAGACUGUCUGGGAUGUCACAACAUUUUUUAUCUGGAUUUGCGGAAAUUCCUGUUGAAACUCAAUUCAGCUCUUCACCGGAACCACAGGCAGGACCGUCGUCGGAACCACAGACAGGUGUUUCAUGGGAACCUCAGGCAGGACCGUCGUCAGAACCACAGACAGGUGUUUCAUGGGAACCUCAGGCAGGACCGUCGUCGGAACCACAGACAGGUAAAUAUCAAUUGAUGAAUAUAUAUAUUUCCUUACCGUUGUGUUUGUUGUUAUGAUUCAAAAAAAAACUUUUUAAAUUAAUUGGAUUUGUUUGUUUAUUUCAGUUACAGGUGUCAAACGUGAAUCUGAUGGGGAGAUAAUUUGUCCCAAAAUUAAACUAAGGAAAUUGGACUCACUUUUUGAAACAAAUACUCCGCUAUUCAGUAGCAAUGCAUUGUGGUAUAAACUGCCAGAAUGUCCACCUGGUGAAGAUGAGGAUCCCCUAAAACUUCCUCUAUGUGUUUGUGGAAAUUGUUGUUUUUAAAACUCCUCUUCUUUAUUUUUUUUUUUUACACAUAUAUACAUAUAUAAUUUUUAGUAUAAAUAUUUCAGUAUGACUUGAUUUUUAUAGUAUGAAUGCAAGAGUGUUUUUUGAAUAAAUUUGAUACAUUUCCAUAAAUUUAUGGUUUUUAAUAUUACCUGAACACAUAUAUCUCUCCUUUUU